AGCAAACGACAAAAUAGUGUUUAUGUGCCAAAAUGUUUUAACGAAUGCAUGUGUUGUAAGCCAUAGACCAAAAAUAUGGGCGAUAAAAAGCGAAAUUUCACAAACGAAGCCAUGGAGCAAAUAAUAGGCAACAUGACGGCGGAAAUGCAAAAUACCGACGGCCAAUAUGUGCCCCUGGCCUUUACGCCGCCACCAACAACCGAAAUGAAUUGGAACCAACCCCAAAAUUCAUACAUCAACCAUUUCGGCGUGCACAGUCCCGAACCGAUGAUGAACCAUCCCACCAUUGAUCCAUACAAUCCGAACUCAUAUAAUUACAUCCCGCCACCAGCCAAUUUAUUCGACCCCUCGCCGUUCAAGACUAUACCUAUAAACGAUUACGAACAGUAUAAGCCCAUUCCGAAUGGCGGCAACGAUCUCAAUUUACUAGACAGGUUUAUUUUAAGCCCUAGUGUUCAGAAUAUACCAGACAAUAUUUUGAAUCAGCCCCAGUCUGAACCUCCACAUCCGACCAACCAUACACUGAUAGAUAAUCUGGUUGGAAAUUGGGUUAUACCAAACAAUUCUGGGACAUACUCACCAUUUGGCACAGAAACAUUCAAGCCAAGUGUUUUUGAGGUUCAUCCUGAGAGAGAUAAUAUUGGACAUGUUAUUAACAAUCAUCAGUUUAUUGAUGAGCCUAAAUAUGUAUCAAGUUUGGAUCAAGGUAAUGAGGAUAAGCAGUUUUCAUUUAACAGGGAUCAUAGGAAGCCUAGAAUGGUUGCUGAGGUUAAACCAAUGAGGCCCAGUUAUUCUGAUGUUUUGACUAAACCUGUACCAUUGACCACUGCUAAACCUUUAAAGAAUGAUGUGAAAGAGACCAAACCCAAGAAGGAGAAUAAGAAAACUACAAAAAAUGAUAAAUCUCAAAAGAGUAAUAAUAAUAUAAACCGUACAUUGAACAAUGAUAUUAAAGAUCUGAAUGUUGACAAAAGUCAGUUUACAAAAUCUGACAAGAAUGUAAAAACCAAUAAGACCAACCAAAUGCCUCGAAAAUGGGCAUCUCUCGACAACAUAGCUGAUCCAUCUAGCACCAAAACAGAUGACAAGAAGAAAAAAUCGGAUGACAAGGAUAAAAAUUAUAUAAAACAGAGCAAAAAGGUCAACAAAACAGUCAGUGAUAUAACUGAUAUCGAAACAGUUCCUAUUAAAACUGAAUCUUUGAUGAACAACAAGAAUGGAGUGAAGAAAAUUGUAAAACCCAUUGGAAGACCUAAACCAAAUGAUUCCUUUGCAAACAGUGAAAGACCACCAGGAAAAAGAAAUCAAAGGACUAGGAAAAGGGAAACACAUGUACCUUUUGGCUUUGUAGGACAAAAACUGAAACAGUACACCAAAGGAUGGUGGAGACUAUUUAUGGUGUGCCUCCUGUGGUUAUUCAACCUUGUUUCUGACAUAUGCAGUCUAAGCAUCCAUAUUAGCCGUGAUUUGGCGGUGAACUCGUGGUCGUGGAUGAGAACCCACGGUUCGACGUUGCUGACGUCGACUGCGGACGUUUUCAAACGCAUCAAAGUUUUCACGUGGCUCUUGGAGAAGUUCAAGGGGAAGAAGAAGGAGGAGGAGACGGAACAACACAGUAGUUUUGCACACAAUGGGUUACAGAACAACAUCAACAUGCCCACGACCGGUGACGAGGCAAUGCGAAGACUGCUGGCCUGCAAGGGGAAGGAUCCUUAUAGUAUACUCGGGGUUACGCCAACGUGCACUGACGACGACAUUAAACGAUACUACAAGAGACAAGCAUUUUUGGUACAUCCAGACAAGAAUCCACUUCCAGGCGCUGAAGAAGCAUUUAAAAUUUUGGUCCAUGCAUUCGACAUGAUCGGCGAACCCGAAAGGAGAGCUGCCUAUGACAGAGGUGUGGUGGAGUCGGCGCAAGUGGUGCAGGCGUGGAGCGAACUGAACGACCUGCUGCAACAGCUGCAGCAAAAGGUGGAGGCGGCCGCGAACACGAUCCGUUGCAGCGCGUGCGGCUUCCGCCACAAACGGAUAAAGAUCGACCGGCCGAGCUACGCGGCCCGAAAUUGCAACCAGUGCAAGAUCCAUCAUGCGGCCCGCGAGGGCGACAUCUGGGCGGAGGCCAAGGUGCUCGGCUUCCUGUGGCACUACUACGCCUGCAUGGAGGGCGCCGUCUACGACAUCACCGAAUGGGCCGGCUGCCAGAAGGAGAGCCUCAAACACCUGAAACCGGACUCGCACCACGUGCAGUACAGGAUCGCGCUGGGGAAACAGAACAAUCCGCCUAGGAGGCACAGCAACUCGCCGCGCACCGAACGGCCGGACCUGGAGAACUUACUUAACACGCUCUACGGACAGAACGACAACGCGCAAGGCACGCGCCGUAGGUCGAAGAAGGCGAAUAAAUAAUUUCGGCUAAGGUUUCAGUUUUAGGCAAAUUUCCUUUUUAACCAGCAUCGCUCCAUAUGUAAUUAUGCGCUUAAUAAAUGUUUACGACAUA